UCCUCAAAUUUCAUAACUCUAAAAUAAAAAAAAUUCCAAAAAAGGGAAAUGUGAUGUUUUUCCUCUAUUUUCUCUUGCGUCCAAACGUGACUCCCCAAAUUCCUGAUUUUAUUAGAUCUAGGGUUUUCAUCUUAAACCCUAGGUCCUCCUUUUUUUGAUUCUCUCCUUUCUCUUCUUUUUCAUCAAUGGCGGCUUCUUAUGGUACCGCUACUCAGGUGGGUUCGUACUUUGUAACACAGUAUUAUUCGAUUCUUCAGCAUAGUCCUGAAUACGUUCAUCAGCUUUACUCAGAUUCUAGCACUGUGGUUCGCAUUGAUGGCCAUACUCGUGAAACUGCCUCCGCAAUGCUCCAAAUUCAUGCACUUGUUAUGUCAACACGUUUUACAUCAAUUGAGAUUAAGGAGGCACAUUCCCUUGAAUCAUGGAAUGGAGGAGUAAUUGUGAUGGUCACAGGGUCAGUACAGAUUAAGAAUCUUAGCAGGAGGAAGAAAUUUUCUCAGACUUUUUUUUUGGCUCCUCAAGAAAAAGGUUAUUUUGUCCUGAAUGACAUUUUUCACUUUAUUGAAGAAGACCAAGUUAAUCCAUAUACAACUUCAGUCAUGGUGCAAGUCAACCAUAAUGCCAAAUUGAGUGCUCCUUCACCCAUGCCAGAAGCAGUACCAAAUUACAUGAUGAGUGGAGUAAUGCAGGCCAGAGACUACAUGCCUCCUAGUGACAUCAAAGAAAAUGGUUCGGUUGACAAGUUUUUGGUGGCUGAGCAGAGGUUGCAGCAACCUCCUGAGGUUGAAAGCAUCCUUGAAGACAAUUCUAGAGAACAGGCAAAUGGUUUUCUUGAGAGUCCAAUAAAACCCGUACGAGAACUACCUCUAGCACAGAUGGAGGAAUUAAUUGAAGAACCUCAGAAACAUACCUAUGCUUCUGUUUUGCGCGCUGCUAAAGUACAGUCCGCUCCAUCUGUUGCUUCUCCGUCGUUGUCUAACAAGACUGUGGCACCUGCUUCAGAAUGGCAGCACAUCUCACUACAGAACAAUCAGCAAUCUGCUGCCACACCAGCCCUGGAGCAAUCUAGUUCAACACAGGCUGAAAACGAUUUAACGUCGGACAUGGGUGAGGACGUCUCAGCUGCAGAUGAUCGAGGUGAAAUAAAGUCUGUCUAUGUGAGAAACUUAUCUCCAACUGUUUCUGCAUCCGAAAUAGAGGAGGAGUUCAAAAAAUUUGGCCAACUUACUGGUGAAGGGGUAGCCAUCAGGAGAUUAAAGGAUACUGAUGUUUGUUAUGCGUUUGUUGAGUAUGAAGAUAUUGCUUCUGUCCAGAGUGCAAUUAAGGCCGGUUCAGUCCAGAUUUCCGGACGACAAGUAUACAUAGAGGAGCGGAGAGCAAACAGCAGCUUUGCACGUGGGAGAGGUAGAGGGAGAGGCAGGGGUACUUAUCAGCCUGAUGCUUCGAGGGGACGGUUCGGAGGUCGUAGUUAUAGCAGAGGCGGUAGUCAAGCUGGAGAACGGGAGUUCAACAGAUCGAGAGGAUACGGGUAUUACAGACAAACUACCCGACAAGACAGAGGGUAUUCAGGGAACCAAGUGAGAAAUGAUCAAAGUAUAUCGGAGUGAACAUUUUAGAAAAUAGAGAAAUUUUAGUGUUAUUUCAGCUCAGUUUUGGAAAGGCAAUCAUAUAAAUUUAUACUAAAAGUAAUUUUGGCAUUUGAAGAAAUGCAUUUUUUUUGCAUUGGCUUAGAAUAUCUUGCCUCUGUAACUGUUCAUCUUUUCCCUUCAUGUUAUGGCAGCUAUGGCUCAUAAAUUUUUUGGUGAAGAGAAAAAUGGUAAAAAUACUUUGAUGUUUUUCACUAUCUUCUUCUAGUUCCACUCGUCAUUGGACCAAACAUGCCAUCUUUUUUUUUUGGCAAAUAAAAUUCUUUCAUUCACAAGAAUCAAACCAAAAUACAAGCCAAAUAAGAAAAUUUCGCCUUUAUUUAAUUUGCAUUAGUAUGCAAACGGGGCCACCUUCUACAAAGGAUGUCCCUGCCCCACUCUUCAUAUGCACAAGUGCAACAAACAUGCCAUCUUUGACGAAGUUAUUCUUGGACUGGAAGUUAUUGACCUUUAAAAUGUGUCAAACUCAAAGGAACAUAAUGAAUACAACAUUAGUGUAAGAAAAACAAAAAAGAAGACAUAAUCAUGUUU